AUCAAAAGAAAAUUUAUAAAAAAAAAAAAUUGGAAUAUAUAAAAAAAUAUAUACAAAUACAACCAAAGUGAAAACCAAAAUAAUUGGAUUUUUAAAUAAAAGAAAUUUUACUAAAAAACAUAUUAAGACCGUUGUCCUUUUAAGGCUACGGCGUUUAUAAAUUACAAAAGUGCAUUCUUCUUAUAAUUCGUGUACACCAACGGCCGCCAAAAUGAUAACACACAACUCUUUAAGUGUCUACGGAGGCGGCGUUAUGUGUGCUUCACCCUCAACAGCACCCGGUUUCUUCAAUCACAGACCCCAGUCGGGAGCUGAACUAUCACCCUUUGAAUUGGGUAUACCCAGAUCUAUGGCGCUAGGAGUACCACCACCCACCGCUUGGCAUGAUCCCAAUUUGGGACAACAUUUACAUGCUUCCGCCGGACCAGGCUCUUUGGCCGGCACACAAAAUACAAAUGCCGGUUCAGUGGGCACCGGCGGUGGUACCACACCCUCCAGUGUGGCCAGCCAUCAAUCGGUGGGCAUUAAACAAGAUUUAUCCGCCUUAAAUGCUUCCAGUGUCAAUCCAAAUAACCUGCAACAAACGGCCAGCCAUCAUACAAUCAAAGAGGAUCUAUCCGCCAUGACCAAUAAUACAUCACAUCAUACGUCUGCGGGUCAGCAUCAAAAUACUCAUGAUAUGAAUUCCAUGCUCAAGGGUUCCCAAUCGAAUUGUAUGGUGGGCAGUGGUAGUAGUAGUGGCAAUAAUAAUACCGGCGGCAAUAGUAAUAAUAACGGUGGCGGUGGUAGUACAACACCCAGUUCACAGGCCAAUAGUUCACAUUCACAAAGUAGUAAUAGCGGUUCACAAAUCGAUCCUAAACAAAAUAUCGAAUGUGUAGUGUGUGGUGAUAAAAGUUCCGGCAAACAUUAUGGUCAAUUUACAUGUGAAGGUUGCAAAUCAUUUUUCAAACGUUCCGUAAGACGUAAUUUAACCUAUUCAUGUCGGGGGAGCAGAAAUUGUCCCAUAGAUCAGCAUCAUCGUAAUCAAUGCCAAUAUUGCCGCCUAAGAAAGUGCCUCAAAAUGGGUAUGAGACGUGAAGCUGUACAACGCGGUCGUGUCCCACCCACUCAACCCGGUUUGACUGGCAUGCAUGGUCAAUAUCAAUUGGCUAAUGGUGAUCCCAUGGGUGUUGCCGGUUUCAAUGGUCACUCUUACCUAAGUUCCUAUAUAUCAUUACUCCUGCGUGCUGAACCCUAUCCCACCUCCCGCUAUGGCCAAUGUAUGCAACCCAAUAAUAUUAUGGGCAUUGAUAACAUCUGUGAGCUGGCGGCUCGUUUACUAUUCUCGGCCGUUGAAUGGGCUAAGAAUAUACCCUUCUUUCCCGAACUUCAAGUUACCGAUCAGGUGGCCCUUUUACGUUUGGUGUGGUCUGAACUGUUUGUGCUAAAUGCCAGUCAGUGUUCCAUGCCUUUGCAUGUGGCACCUCUACUGGCGGCCGCCGGUUUACAUGCCUCACCCAUGGCUGCUGAUCGUGUGGUAGCCUUUAUGGAUCACAUACGCAUCUUCCAGGAACAAGUGGAAAAAUUGAAGGCAUUACAUGUGGACUCAGCUGAGUACUCCUGUCUGAAGGCUAUUGUGCUGUUUACCACCGGUAAGUUGUUGGAUAUCCUGUAUAAGGAUGUACCAGCACUGCUUAGCAAAGUUUCUCAGAAAGUGUUUACACAAAAUGCCGCCAAUGCUAGUCACAAUUCCUCUGAUAGUUCGGAUAGAUCGAAUGAAGGCCAACAAAUGGCAGAUGAAAUCAUGAUGGUGGUCAAGGAGCAUUUAGAUGAAUUAAAUCGUGUCGAAUCGGAGCAGCUGCAACAGCAUAAUUCUGCCGCUGCCAUGCAUUUGGCAACAUUUAUGAAGACUGUAGCUGGUGUUGAGGCUGUUACACAAAAUACAUUUUCGCAUGCCAAAGAAAAUCACAUACCCAAUACCUUAAGCCAGGAAAGUGAGAAACCAAUGAAAACUAAUUCACCUUCUAUUUCGGCUGGUAUUGUGCCCUCGGCCACUAGUGCUUUUAGUUCUUGUGCUCCCUCUCAUAAAACUUCUUCUUCUUCUGCUGCUGUACAGCAACAGCAAACAGCACAACAAGAAGACUUAUUAACUGCUUUGUAUAAUUCGGCCAAUAAUGGCAAUCACACCAACAACAGCAGUGGUUUGGGCAACUCUGUUAACUCUCAAACCCUUAAUCUUAGUAACUCGCCUGUAAAUACCAGCAAUAAUAUGUCUACACCCACCUCGAACACCAUCAUGACUAAUCCUGCUUAUUUGUCACCCUCUCAGCAACAUAGCCAGCAUCAACAACAGCAGCAGCAACAACAACAGCAGGCUGCUGCUGCCGCUGUUGCUACUGCCGCUAUGUUCUAUCAAACUCCGCCACGUUCAGCUUUUGGUUCUGCCUUUGAUAUGUUCCAUCAUAGUACACCAUUCGGAGUAUCUCAUGCUGCGGCAGCCGCUGCUGCAGCUGCCCACUCCUCAACGAGUGGUUCAUUUAGUAGUCCUAGUUAUAGAUAUUCGCCCUAUAGUUUCGGCAGUAGAUGGCAAUUGUAGAAAUCAUAUCGUUUAGAUAUUAUUUCCUACACCUAUACCAAAUAGUUAAAAAUACCAAAAACAAAAAACUUUAGACACUCUAAUUCUCUCAGUGUACUUAAACUAGUUUGUACUUAAACAGUAAUAGAAAACUGUCAAAUAUUUUGUAGAUACUGUAAAUUUAGUUGUACUUAUACCCCUCCCCCUAAAAAAAGUCUUUAGUGUUUUAAACAGUAUUAAGUGUGUAUUUAUAUAUGUAUCCUGUAAAUGCCAAAAAUUACUUAAGAUUUAGUUUAGUUAUUUAUUUAAUUUAUUUAUAUUUAAAUUAGUGCCUAUUUAUUUUAAUUAA